AUGUCCUGCCCCUCGACUAUGCCGGCCACGCCCCGAAAGCUUGCGCGACGUAGUGGCUCGGAGACCACAGUGGCUCCGGAGCACAGCGACAGCGAGAGCCUCGAGGGGACAUCCUCCAGCCUUCCUUCUCCACGCCCAGACACAGCGGAGUGCCAGGGGGACGGACAGAGACAGUGCAAGGUCUUCGUCAAGACCACAUUCCUCGAUGUGGAUGAGGGCCAAGGCCUCAUGCAGUGCUUCGCCCAGCUGCGGGGUCGGACCAUGUCAGACUCGGCUUUGGUGAUCGCCUUUGACAGUGAGGAGGCCUACAUGCCUGGAAAGUUCAGCGAGGAGCAUGCCAGUGACUGCGCAGAAAAACCCGCGGUGGCAAAGGCAACAGAGCCAGCCACCGAGCCGGAAUCGCAGCCAGUGCAGAGAAAGAACAACAUGGCAAAGCGGGCUUCUGACAAAACGACCGUAAUGCUGCGUAACGUCCCCAAUAACUACACGCGAGAGAUGUUCCUCGCUCUCCUUGACGACAACGGCUUUGCUGGGCGCUACGACUUCGUUUACUUGCCCUGUGACUUCCGGCGCCAGGCCAACCUGGGCUACGCCUUCGUAAACCUCGUGGAUGCCUCUGCCGUGGACGACGCCUGGGCCGCUUUCCAUGGCUUUGUGGAUUGGGCGCUGCCCACUCAGAAGGUCUGCGAAGUGAGCUGGAGCGGUCCCCACCAGGGGUUCAAGGCGCAUGUGGAGCGCUACCGCAACAGUCCGGUGAUGCACCGAAGUGUCCCGGACGCAUACAAGCCCAUCAUCUUCCAAGACGGUGUGCGCCAGGACUUCCCACGGCCUACCAGGAAAAUCAAGGCGCCAACCGCCGGAUGCUAA